AUGUUGCUCAAUCUUCAGGUCGCUGCUAGCGUCUUAUCGCUUUCUCUUCUGAAUGGACGGGCUAUAGCUGCUACCCCCUUCUAUACCUUACCCGACUGUACCAAGGAGCCCUUGAGCAAGAAUGGAAUUUGCGAUACCUCGUUAUCUCCUCCUCAAAGGGCAGCUGCUCUAGUUGCUGCUUUGACGCCCCAAGAGAAGGUGGGCAAUCUAGUGAGCAAUGCAACUGGCGCACCAAGAAUUGGACUCCCAAGAUACAACUGGUGGAACGAAGCCCUUCAUGGAGUCGCUGGAUCUCCCGGUGCUCACUUUGAUUCUAACACGCCUCCAUACGAUGUCGCUACAUCGUUUCCCAUGCCUCUUCUUCUCGCUGCUGCCUUCGACGAUGAUUUAAUCCAUGACAUCGGCAAUACCGUCGGCACUGAAGCGCGUGCAUUCACCAACGGUGGCAUGCGCGGAGUUGAUUUCUGGACGCCCAACGUGAACCCUUUUAAAGAUCCUCGUUGGGGUCGGGGCUCCGAAACUCCUGGUGAGGAUGCUCUUCAUGUCAGCCGCUAUGCUCGGAACAUCGUCAGAGGUCUUGAGGGCGAUAAGGAGCAGCGACGUAUUGUUGCUACCUGCAAGCAUUACGCUGGUAACGACUUUGAGGACUGGGGAGGUUUUACCCGCCAUGACUUUGAUGCCAAGAUCACUCCGCAAGAUCUGGCCGAGUACUACGUCAGACCUUUCCAGGAGUGCACCCGUGAUGCAAAGGUCGGGUCUAUCAUGUGCGCUUACAAUGCCGUGAAUGGCAUCCCCUCGUGCGCAAACUCUUAUCUGCAGGAAACGAUUCUCAGAGGGCACUGGAACUGGACGCGCGAUAACAACUGGAUCACCAGUGAUUGCGGAGCUAUGCAAGACAUCUGGCAGAAUCACAAGUAUGUCAAGACCAACGCCGAAGGUGCCCAGGUGGCUUUUGAGAACGGCAUGGAUUCUAGCUGUGAGUAUACUACUACCAGCGACGUCUCCGAUUCCUACAAGCAAGGUCUCUUGACCGAGAAGCUCAUGGAUCGUUCGCUGAAACGUCUUUUCGAAGGGCUCGUUCAUACUGGUUUCUUUGACGGUGCCAAAGCGCAAUGGAACUCGCUCAGUUUUGCCGAUGUCAACACCAAGAAGGCUCAGGACCUCGCACUCCGAUCUGCUGUCGAGGGUGCCGUUCUUCUUAAGAACGACGGCACCUUGCCUCUGAAGCUCAAGAAGAAGGAUAGUGUUGCUAUGAUCGGAUUCUGGGCCAACGAUACUUCCAAGCUCCAGGGCGGAUACAGCGGUCGUGCUCCUUUCCUUCACAGCCCGCUUUACGCAGCUGAGAAGCUUGGUCUUGACACCAACGUGGCUUGGGGUCCGACGCUGCAGAACAGCUCGUCUCACGAUAACUGGACUACCAAUGCUGUGGCUGCGGCAAAGAAGUCUGAUUAUAUCCUCUACUUUGGCGGUCUCGACGCCUCAGCUGCUGGCGAGGACAGAGACCGGGAGAACCUCGACUGGCCUGAAAGUCAACUAACUCUGCUCCAGAAGCUCUCUAGUCUCGGGAAACCACUGGUAGUUAUCCAGCUUGGCGAUCAGGUCGAUGACACUGCUCUUCUGAAGAACAAGAAGAUCAACAGUAUUCUUUGGGUCAACUACCCUGGUCAGGAUGGCGGCACUGCAGUUAUGGAUUUACUCACCGGGCGUAAGAGUCCUGCUGGUCGACUACCCGUCACACAGUAUCCCAGUAAAUACACUGAGCAGAUUGGCAUGACCGAUAUGGACCUGAGACCUACCAAGUCGUUGCCUGGAAGGACUUAUCGCUGGUAUUCGACUCCAGUUCUGCCCUACGGUUUUGGCCUCCACUACACCAGCUUCAAGGCCAAUUUCAAGGCCAAUAAGUUGACCUUCGACAUCCAGAAGCUUCUCAAGGGCUGCAGUGCUCAAUACUCUGAUACAUGCGCUCUGCCUACCAUCCAAGUCAGCGUCAAGAACACUGGUCGCAUUACCUCCGACUUUGUAUCCCUUGUCUUUAUCAAGAGUGAAGUUGGACCUAAGCCAUAUCCGCUCAAAACACUUGCAGCUUAUGGUCGCUUGCAUGAUGUCGCUCCUUCUUCGACCAAGGAUAUCUCGCUCGAGUGGACAUUGGAUAACAUCGCACGAAGGGGUGAGAAUGGAGAUCUGGUGGUGUAUCCUGGUACUUAUACUCUGUUGCUGGAUGAACCUACGCAAGCUAAGGUCCAGGUUACGUUGACUGGAAAGAAGGCUACCUUGGAUAAGUGGCCUCAAGACCCCAAGUCUGCCUGA